CUCACAUUACACAACACAGUUCCGCACAUCUAGUCUGUUUGUGUUUUGGUAUCAGUGUUAUUGUGAAGGAGCUCUGCUGCAGAACCAUCACACAAGUCUACUAACGAGGACACAGUCACCCUUCAUCACCUCGGAUAAAACAACAAGGAGACAAAAUGGCUUCGGACUCUCCACGCAGACCUAGUCGCUGUGCUGGAGGGGUUCUGGUGCGAGCACAAGCUGCUACGGAGCAGUCUUACAUGGAAAGUGUGGUGACCUUCCUGCAGGAUGUGGUCCCCCAGGCAUAUACUGGGGCUCCGCCAACAGAUGAGAAAGAGAAAAUCAUUUGGGUUCGAUUUGAGAAAGCUGACAUCAACGACACUGCCCGCAAUCCAGAGUUCAUGGAGAUGCACAGCGGUACUACUGACCCUCCUCUUUGCCUUAUGAUUGGCUACACUGACGGGAUGCAGAUGUGGAGUGUAUCUUUGUCAGGGGAAGCCCAAGAGCUGUUCUCAGUGCGCCAUGGUCCUGUGCGAGCUGCCCGCAUUCUACCAGCUCCUCAUAUCAGUCCUCUGAAGACGGACAGUUUUGACGACAAGAGGCCUCUGCUAGGGGUGUGCAAGAGCACGGGGUCUUCUGGGACAAGCCCUCCCUAUUGUUGCGCUGACCUGUAUUCUCUACGGACAGGGGAAAUGGUCAAAUCAAUUCAGUUCAAGACGCCCAUCUAUGAUCUCCACUGCAACAAACAUAUUCUUGUUGUGAGCCUACAAGAGAAGAUUGCAGCAUUUGACAGCUGCACCUUCACAAAGAAGUUCUUUGUUACAAGUUGCUAUCCCUGCCCCGGCCCCAGCCUAAAUCCAAUAGCUCUGGGAAGCCGCUGGCUAGCCUACGCUGAGAACAAGUUGAUCAGAUGUCACCAGUCUCGCGGAGGAGCUUGCGGUGACAAUGCACAGUCCUAUACAGCUACAGUGAUCAAUGCUGCCAAAACUUUAAAGACGGGCCUGACAAUGGUGGGUAAAGUCGUCACCCAGUUGGCAGGCACACUACCAGCAGGCACUCCGGACGAGGAGGGCACACCUCACAGUGCGAGUCGUCGCAGCCCCCACAACCCCGGUGUGGUCACCAUCGUUGACACACACAGUGUUGGCGAAGGACAGGUCUUGGUGAGUGAGGACUCGGAUGGAGAGGGAGUGGUGGCUCACUUCCCAGCUCAUGACAAACCCAUAUCCUGCAUGCAAUUCAACCCCAGUGGGAUGCUGCUGGUGACCGCCGACACUCUGGGCCACGAUUUUCACGUCUUCCAGGUUCUCACCCACCCAUGGGCGUCCUCACAGAGUGCCGUUCACCAUCUCUACACCCUGCAUCGUGGGGAAACUGAGGCCAAGGUCCAGGACAUGUGUUUCAGCCAGGACAGUCGCUGGGUAGCCAUCAGCACCCUCCGUGGCACGACCCACGUAUUUCCCGUCAACCCCUAUGGCGGUGCGCCCUGCGCCCGCACGCACAUGUCCCCGCGGGUGGUCAACCGGAUGUCUCGCUUCCAAAAGAGCGCUGGCCUGGAGGAGAUCGAACAGGAGCUGAACAGGGUGGCUGCAUUGGGAGGAGGAGCAGGAGGAGGAGGCCUAGGAGGAGGUGGCUGCAUCCUGGGUGGAGGAGGAGGCAUCGGGGGCCGCUGUAGCCCCAUACCUGGCCUGUCCAGCAGCCCCUCGGGGUCUCCACUGCACGCCAAGCUGAGCAGCCAGGAUUCAUACAACAACUUCACCAAUAACAACAUGGGGAACCCGCGACUGUCUCCGCUGCCCAGUCUCACCGUGGUGCUGCCUCUGGCUCAGAUCAAACAGCCCAUGACCCUGGGCACCAUCACCAAACGCACCGGCAAAGCUAAGCCGCCCCCUCAGAUCUCCCCGAGCAAGUCCAGUGGAGGAGAGUUCUGCGUGGCCGCCAUCUUUGCCUCGUCUCGCUCCUGGUUCAUCACCAACCCCAACAUGAAAAGAGAGAAAGAUCAGGCCAGGCAGUCAGUUGUCGACUCGCUGUACAUCAUCAGUUGCUACGGUAACUUGGUGGAGCAUGUCCUGGAGCCUCGACCAAUUAGCACUGCUCAAAAGAUUGGUGACGACACACCGUUGGAGCUCAGCACCUGUCCAAGGGCCUGCUGGACUCUGGCCAGGACUCCACAAUGGAAUGAGCUGCAGCCACCCUUCAACUCCAACCACCCGUUGGUGUUGGCCUCGGACCUGGUGCAGUAUUAUCAGUAUCUUCUGGCUGCGAUGCCCCCAGGAAGCCCGGGCCCAAUCACCCGUCACGAGUCGUCAGACAGCCUGGCGUCGGACCACAGCGGUCAGGAGGACGAGGAGUGGCUCUCUCAGGUGGAAAUCGUGACCCAUACAGGGCCCCACCGGCGCCUGUGGAUGGGCCCCCAGUUUCAGUUUAAGACCAUCCACCCUUCAGGCCAGACCACAGUCAUCUCCUCCUCGUCCUCAGUCCUUCAGUCCCAGGGCCCCACUGAUGUCCAACAGCCCCUGUUGGACUUCGACACAGACGACCUGGACCUGCACAGCCUGAGGAUCCAGCCGGUACGUUCAGAGCCAGUCAGCAUGCCCGGCUCGUCACGGCUGGUGGCUGAUCGUAGAGGGCAGUCCAACAUCAUGGACACAGGAUCAGGUCCGUUUGACGGGCGCGGCGUGACCCUGCUGGAAGUAUGUGGUAGCUGGCCAGAGAGCUUUGGCGUGCCGCGGCACAACGUCGGCUCAGCAGACCCGAGUGACGAAGGCCUCCGGGAGAGACUGGCUGACGCCAUGUCUGAGUCCCCCUCCAGGGAUAUAGUAGGAUCUGCUACAGAGCUUCAGAGGGAGGGCAGCAUCGAGACCCUCAGCAACAGCUCGGGCUCCACCAGCGGUAGCAUCCCACGCAACUUCGAGGGUUACCGCUCCCCCCUGCCCACCAACGAGAGCCAGCCGCUCAGCCUCUUCCCCACCAACUUCCCCUAGAGUCCCACCUCUCCUGCAGGAAGAACCACCACCGUCCAGCCCACCCAUCUCCCGCCCAUACUGUAUCUGUCCACACAGCGUGACACUGGCACACAAACUAGGACUGUGUGUUUCUCUGUACAGUGUGUUUUUCUCUUCUCAUACAGCUGUGAUCCCAGCAGUGAACAUACAGAAAAUGUAAUGAAAAUUAUUUAGUGUUCAAAUUGUAUUAAUUUCUGAGUGAAAACACUGAGACAAAUUCAUUGUAUAGACUCUUGAAAGCUAAUUUCUUUUAAUCUUACCAGCUAUUUUAAGUGUUGCUGAGCAAUUAAACAAACCUACAAUAUAAAAAGAAAGAUGAAAGUGCAGAUAGAGUAGUUUCAUCACAGAGUAUUUUGAUACAGCUGUGGUCUGGGAGGAACUUCCUUUAUUUUCAAUAUCAGAUUUUUAAUAACAGACCAGUAUCAGCCCAACACAUGUGUCUAACCCUGCUUUUAACCUUGUUGUUGUGUUAAAUCAGAAGCCAGUUGACACCGACGUUGUUGGAGACAGCCGUCCUCUCCUCUCCCGUUUCUUCAGCCCGGCCGCCAUCAUUCAUUCUUUGUGUGUGUUGGAAGUUUUACGGUGUGCCUAUUGUCUGAAUGAGCCAUGAGAAAGGGAGCGCCGACAAAGGAAAAAUGUUUAUUCCAGUCAGUGACGUGUAGCAGCUCCUUUUCCCCUCCGUGUGUGUGUGUGUGUGUGUUGCUCUCAUGUUCUCUCACUAAAUGUUUUUGAUUAAAUUUGGUCCUCUCAUGCCUUUGAUUAUCAUGUAAUUACAUUUGACAAAAGAUGCAGUAAUGAGAUGACACUAUCACUACGUCGCUGAAGUAAUUUAGAUCUUUACAGCAUAAUUGAGACAUUUCUGAAAUCAUUUAGAUAUAUUCCCCACUCGGCCUUUCCAGAUAGUAAAUUUUAAUUGAGCGGAGUAAUAGAGCCUUGUGCUGUAUGUUGUACAUUAGCAACUUUUGACCAAAAUCUUUUUCUUGCCUCUGUAGUUAUAGAUCUAUAAAAAAAAGUAUAUUCCUUAAAUGUACUAGCUUUGCCCUUAGCAAAGAAGAAUGACUUUGAUAAUCAGAAAUUAUUAAACACACUUUGCCUGUUAGUUUGUCCUAAGCAGAAUGUUUGUCUUGGUGAAAACUGAAAUGCACUAUUAAUAGAGUCACAUUAGAGAAGAUAUUAAAUGAUAAUAGUUAAGUACAAUCUGAUAAAAAGGUCUGCGUGUUGUUGGACCGGCUGCAUGUCGUUGCUCUGUCACUGACUGAGGGCAUGCUUCUGCAAUACUUGUUUUAAUUCAGAGCAAAUGCUUGUUGUUCUCUUGAUUUGUAAAACUCCUUUUCCCAGCAUUCAUGCAAGAAAAAAACAUAGUAAAAACUCAAGGAAAUGAAACUGUCUUUUUUUCUCACUCUGA